GUGCGUUCAUAAUAGCAAACGCCUUUUUGUGACCAACUUACUUCCCUAGACGUUAUGAAACGUUGAUUUACCGCCGGCAGUGGAAUAGUUUAGCAAAAGUUGUUGAUGUUCUAUCACAUUUCAUGCCCUUAGUUGUGCCGUUAUUUACAUGAAUGUAAUUAAAGGUGUAGUGCCCUGCGGUGGGAAAAGGGCAAAUCUGUGAGGCGCCGGAGCAGGGCGGAGACGGGAAAACUUUUUUUUUGGAAAAGUUUUAGCGCAUGCUUAGUGCUCCGCUGAAACUGACAAACGAGGUUCGGCUCCAGUGAGUAUCAAGGAAGUUAACACAGUCAGCCGAGGGGUGAGGACUGCUGAGAAGGAAGGGAGGAGCGGUGUUGCAGAUUCCCCCGCAAUCGCUUCUGGAGUCGGUGUCUGCAGACGGAGGAGCGGCGGCUCGCCCGAGGGCAGAUUCCUGUGGUAACUCUGCCAGCCAGGCCCACCAGAGAUGCCUGAAGGUUCGCUGUGUUCUGCUAAGGAAGCUGCAUCCGUAGAAGCUGCUGCUGAUUGGAUGGUCCGUCACCUUCGACCUUUGCACUUCGGCCUUUGUGCAAGCAACACUCAGUGCUAUCAGAAGCAAGCUGCAAGGCGAGCUGCCCAAGAAUCUCCUCGGACUUCUUCCACCUCUUCAUUGAGCAGCCAUGACAGGAUGUCUACCGUUACCGUUUCCACCAGCUCCACAUCGGUCAACACCGACUGCUCGGACACUGAGCGCCCCGUGAGUGCCAGCUCCUUGAGCUCCCUACAGGAUUGCCACAGCCCCUCGGACACCACGAGCCGACUGGGUGACGAUGUCCGAGUGGAGUUGGCUCUGCCCCAGCGCACACUCCAGGCCCAGCGGGAGUGCAACAACAACAACAACUUGGUGGACCGGACAAACAUGAAUGUCAACUUCCGUCAGCUCCCUUUGUCUCCCAUAGCAACCAGGGCUAUGGCCCCCAACCCUAAGCUGUCAUAUGUGGACAGGGUUGUCAUGGAAAUACUCGAGACUGAACGAAUGUACGUGCAAGAUCUGCGGAGUAUCAUUGAGGACUAUCUCGGUUGCAUCAUCGAUGCUUCAGAUUUGCCCAUCAGACCCGAGCACGUCUCUGCACUGUUUGGAAACAUUGAGGACAUCUAUGAGUUCAAUAGUAACCUGCUGCAAGACCUUGACAGCUGUCACCAUGACCCGGUUGCCAUUGCUCGGUGCUUUGUGGACAAGAGUCAGGAUUUUGACAUUUAUACCCAGUACUGUACCAACUACCCCAACUCUGUGGCGGCCCUGACCGAGUGCAUGAGGAACAAGGUCCUGGCCAAGUUCUUCAGGGAACGGCAGUCAACACUGAAGCGCUCCCUCCCUCUGGGCUCGUACCUGCUGAAGCCAGUUCAGAGGAUCCUUAAGUAUCAUCUCCUGUUGCAGGAAAUAGCAAAGCACUUUGACAUCAACCAGGAGGGCUAUGAGGUGAUUGAUGAAGCUAUUGACACCAUGACAGGUGUGGCCUGGUACAUCAAUGACAUGAAGAGGAAACACGAGCAUGCUAUUCGACUGCAGGAGGUUCAGAGCUUGAUGAUACACUGGAAUGGGCCGGACCUGACAACGUAUGGAGAGCUUGUCCUGGAAGGAACCUUCCGGAUUCACCGGGCCAAAAAUGAACGCACUUUACUCCUUUUUGACAAGAUUCUGCUGCUGACCAAGAAAAGAGGCGAACACUUCGUUUACAAGACUCACAUUAUGUGCUCUGCAUUGAUGCUUAUUGAGAGCACAAGAGACUCUUUGUGCUUCGGGCUGUCCCAUUACAAGAACCCAAAGCAGCAACACACUGUCCAGGCAAAGACUGUGGAAGAGAAGCGUCUCUGGACCCAUCACAUAAAGCGGCUGAUCCUGGAAAAUCACCAUGCCAUCAUUCCUCAGAAGGCAAAGGAAGCCAUCUUGGAAAUGGAUUCCUAUUAUCCUUCCAAAUACCGAUACAGUCCAGAACGAUUAAAAAAACCGAUGUCCUCCCACGAAGAACUAUUGGGCUAUCGUAAGGGCCGCAGGCAAUCUGAGCCAGCGAAACAGAUCCUGAAGUCUUUGGUGCAGAGCGUUUCUCUAAAGCAUGCAGGCAGCGAUGGCGAGCUCCUGGGCAAUAAAGACUCCAUGAACUCUCUGGCGGUUGUCAGUGCUCGGGGGUCUAGCACGAGCGAGCCGGAAAGCGAGAGGCAUGACAAUGAUGAUGACCUGGCCCACAGCAAGGACUCACUGAACCUCCUGAAUGCAAGUGACUCGGAGGAACUGGCCAGAGGUACUGAUCUUGCCUUAGAAGACAUGGAUCCAGAAGAGGAGUUGAUGAUAGAGGGCGACCAGGUAGCCGACUUUGCCAGCUCAUUGCUGGCUGCCAUCUCCUGCUGGCACUAUAGAGCCAGGGCUUUGCUUUCUGCUAAGUUCUCUACGGCUGAGAACCCUGCUGAGCUACCGGAAGCCAAAGGAUUCAAACGGCAGAACAGCCAGCCAUCCGCAAAUGCUGAGAAGCGGUGUGUCCGGGAAGCCGAUAGCAGUGUGUCUGAAGAGGUCACCCCUGACGUGGAGCCGAUGUCCAUUCAACAGAUUGUCACGGAGGCCUGCCAGUCUGCCCUCGAGGAAAUGCAGUCGGACACCGAGGCUACUCACAGUCCGGAGGGAACCAAGGGAGCAGACGAGGUCCCGGAGGUGACUGAUGCAGAUCUAGGCGGCCCCGAGCAGGGAACUGUGGGUUCUGCUGCAGAAUGCCCAUUCAAUGAGGUGGGCGAUGAGCCAAAGCACUUCAGCAGCGAAGACUCCUCGGAGGAGGAGCAGGAGCGGGAUUCCCAGAGCAUCCUCCCUCCUUCGGUGCUGGGGCAGGCUAGCCUCAUUGCAGAGCAUUUCCUGAACAGCCCGUCAAGGUGCAACAGCUUGGUGAACGACGACGGCAGCUCCUAUAGUUGUGUGUCGCCAAAGGUGACCAACAGGCAAAGUAGCCUCGAAAGCAGUGACAAAACAUCGCGGAACAGGGGCACGCAUGAUGAAUGGCGGCCAAGUGACGCUUUCUGGGGCAGCAAUGGCCAAGAGGAGGGAAGCCUGUCUGAGGAGUCUGUCUUAAAAGGCCAGGAGGAGAUGGAAUUGGACGUUGAACGGAACACUCCUAAGAGAAGGGAUUCCACCCUCUCCAGGCAGGACCGGCUGCUCAUUGAGAAGAUUAAAAGUUACUAUGACAAUGCAGAACAUGAAGACGCCAAUUUUAGCAUCAAGAGGAGAGAAAGCCUGACCUACAUCCCAGCGGGUCUGGUCAGGAACUCUGUGUCCAAGUUAAAUGGUCAAAACAAGGAAGAGGAUCUGCGGCAGGCCACCUUAAGAAGGCGACUGGCAUCUUCCAAUGUGGCUGUUCCCCGGAGGAAUGACCCUCCGGUCAGGGCUUUGCAGGACCUUCCAAACGUGAGCUCCUGCAGAGAUGCUCAUUUGCCUUUGGAGCCAGUAAGGGCCUUAGAACAACAGCAGCCAGAAUCAAAUGAUCCUUUGGCAGGAAAGCCACCUUUGGACUUCUCGAAGGAGCCCAGUUCUGGUGAACAGAACCCAGUUACAGAGAGUGAAUUCCGAUCACCCGUGGACAUGAUUAAGAUCUGGCAAGAGAUGGAAAACAUGUCAAAUAUUGCCACAAAGUCUCCAAAGGGAGCAGAACAGAAACAUGACACAGUACAAGGGUUUGAGUCUUUUGAGAAUAACUCAGAGAAUCCAAAGAAAGUUGAAGAGAAGGACCCCAAACAAUCUCAAACAAAACAACUCAGCAGUGUUAGAAGUAACUUGUGUCAAGAUUUCAACGAGCCAUUAGUUAUUCUGGAAGAUGGUGAUUUAAGUGCUACUCCAGAAGUGUCUCCCAUAACCUCUCAAGCAAGGCCUACUGGAGAAAGACUAAAUGAUGCAUCAGUGAGUGAGGUCGGCAACCAAGCCAAAGAAUAUGUUCCACGUCCUCAAACGUCAUUAUGCAUCCAGAAACGUAAAUGCUCUGAAGAUGAACGUGCACCGCUGCCAGAUUCCGGUUCCGACCUAACUCAGAAUCUGAGUUGUGACCACCGCACUCCAAUCACAAGACCACAGGUGGCCCAGGCACAGGGUGAAGAACUGCUGAGAGAGGUGACAGAGAAGAUGAAGACCAAGGUCUACCAGCUGGCCAGGAUAUACAGUCAGAGAAUUAAGAACAGCAAGCCAGUGGUCAGAAAGAGAGGCAGUCUGCUGGAGGUGGCACAGGAGAAGGAAGAGGAACGGGGCAGUGAAGUCAGAAAACUGGUAACGGUUCAGGAAGAUGAGAAGGAAAUAGUUGCUGCGGCAGAUAAGCCAAAGGAAUCACCAUCUUUGCCUCUCUAUGACCAAGUUAUUAUCCAAGGGCAAGUCCCAUUGGCUGCGUUAAUGCAAGAACCUGAUGCUGACUCGCCAAAUAAGUAUUUGCAAACACUUCUUCCUCCUUCCACCAAGAUCACUUCACCCAGACGUACUAUUUUCAGUCUAAUAACUCCUCCAGUGAGGCCCCAGUUGAGACCACUGAGCCCUACUGAGGCGGAAACAUUUCCAUGGCCUGAUGUUCGGGAGCUCCGUUCCAAGUAUACCUCUAUGCAUGAUCAAGUCACAAAGGAUUCUAUACUGAGGGUAGCCAGAACAAACCUCUUCAAGCCACCUGAAAGUUGCUGUGCAAAGUUGGGCCGAUUUUCCAAGAGCUUGUCCAUGCCUAAUGGAAUGAUGGAAGGCAGAAUGUCCCAUUCUGGUUUGUUGGAAAAAAGAGGCAAAUCCAAACCUGGCCUCUGCCCUGCUAGCACAAUGGGGAAACGAGCAGGUUCUGACACCGUGCCCAGGAAAAUGUUGCAUUCAGAUUCCUCCAUCCAGUAUCUCCUGAAAGAGGCUCCCGGGAGCUCUUCCAAUAACCACGCAACAUGUUCACGGACUACUCCCUUGGACUCUACAUGCACUGACCAAAGUUCCAGUUCAGAGUCCAAGUUCUGCCACUCUACCAAAUGCCUGGAGGCAACCCACUACGUUUCUUCAGAGUUACUGCUAGAUGAUCAGAAAGUCAUAAUCAUGGAGAAAUUGCCAUGUGAUGGUGAUAGUUGGAGUAUUCAUAGGAAGGAGCAGGUCGCUAAGGACAACAGCAGUGAUGAUGAGGGAUUUGUCCAGAUCAGCUCUCCAACAUCCCGAGAGAAAAUCUCGAUUCGAGCAGUCAUGGAAAGGUGCAGGGCUUACCAAGAAUCGGAAGAAUAUAAAUCUAGGCAAGAAGGUGAAGACAAGGACAGGAGACAGGGAAUUUCUAACCCAAAGGCCAAACAGCGGAGUUAUGGAGGAGUAGAGAAGCUGACCUCCAGCACUCAGCAACCAGAGCCAAGGAGGGAGAUGCGCCAACUUGGCAGUAGGACAGAUCUAACCCAGCAAGGCCUGGUGAAGAACCUGAGGGACAAGUUUCAAAGCUUGACUUCUGCCAGCUAAACUUAAUCUGGCUUCCCGCUCAGAUGCUAGUUGCCAGUUACAAAUCAAACCACUGUACCGGGAAAAAAUGGGUGUAAAAUAUUGAGAUGUGAAUUUCUUUUGGACUUGUGGCCAAGACUUUUACUGAACUAUCUGGGAACCGAAACCAGUGAAUGGACAUUUUGAUGCUUAACCAGGUUAUUUAUCAUUCCUCAAUAAAUAUAUGAUUGAACAGAUUUUAAUUUUGCACACCCUUAUGUUAAUUUAAAAGUAAAAUAUUCCCCUUAAACUACUGUGGUCACUGCAGCUUAGCUAUGUUCAGGUCCAUGUAUGUCAUGUCUUGUUUAAAUAUUCAGUCAGUGGUCUUCUGUUGAUGUGGGCAUUCGCUGACUAUAUGCUUCAGUGUCUUCAGUUCUGAGAAAAAGUUUCUUUGUCUAUAUGAAUUAUAUUUUCCACUCCCUCCAUGGCCCAUCCUUCCCCAUCUUUGUAGCCUGUAAUCCUUUAAUGUGUGAUUUCUACUUACCCCCACUUCUGACUUCUAUUGGUGGCUGUGCCUUCAACUGCCCUGACCCCAAAAUAAAUAAUUCUUCACCUAAACAUUUCUAGCUUGCUCCUGACCUUUAAUUCUUGUCUCAGAGCCUGCCAUUUUAACCAGGUCUUAGUAUCACUUUAUGUAACAAAUCUUAUUUGAAUAACCCUUUGUGAAGAACUUGGUGGUGUUUUACUGUGUUAAAGAUGAAGUGGAAAUCUAAUUUUUUUUAUUGUUUUUAUGUCAAGAGAUUUAUUACCCAUUGUUGAGCUAAACAUGGUUUAUAAUUGCAUUGAUGCAGUCAUCUGUUCUCACAAAUUGUUUCUGCUGACUUCAGUAUAAUGAAUUUCAAUGCUGGAGUCAAAUCCACUUUGUCAUUUUACAGCAGAAUUAGCACUAACUAUGGGGAAUAAGUUAAUAGGUGAUUGUUUUCUGUCCCUCAAGGACUUGUUGGUUAUUGGCUUUUGGUGGUGUACAAUCACCAGGUUAAUGCACUAUUUUGUAUGAAAUAUCCAGAUUUUUUGCUUUGUGUUGGUUGAACUGCCCUCAGCUGUAGCAGUAGGUAUGGAUGUAAGAAUUGGUGCCAGAGUGCCACAAGUUUGGAGUUCCUACCCAAAUAACUAAUCAGUAUCUGACUGAAAAAUUAAUGUAGGUUAUGACAAGGGUGCCUCUGUUCUGCUGUCCUCCCUGCUGCUGUUAAAUGGCCAGCACUCAGCAGUUUAAACUAUACUUUGGACAAAGUCUAUACGUGUAGUUUUCUCUUGUACCUGCCAGCUGGAGAGUAUACAUUUUCUAUUGUUAAAAAUAAAUGUCAGUCCAGGCAAUGAACAAUAACACCUUAAAAGCCAACUUGCAAUUUUACUGCACAGAACCAGGGCCUUUGGCCCACUGUGAAACAAGAACCAUUAACACUGACCCUAUCGUAAUCAAGAUUUUAAAAAAAUUCUCCCCGAUUCCCAUCAACAACCCUGUCUCACACAAAAAGACACGCUACACACUAGGACCAAUUCAUGGUGAUUAUUUAACUACCAUGCCCCAUAUCUAUGGGAUUUGGGAAGGAAAAUGUAUUGUCCGGAGGAAGCCCACGCAUGUGAUCACAGGAAGAAUUUGCAGACUCCACAGUCAAGACCGGAAGUCAGGAUUGACCCUCCCUCACUGGAGUGUAAGGCAACAGCUCUAUCAGCUAUGCCACCAUACUGUUCAAAUGAUACAGUUCAGUUCACAACAUCUGGGCUACCAAAGUUUAGGUUAAUUAAGAUUUUUUUUUAGAAAUGUUGCUUCUGAUUUCUUAUAUUACAACAAUCUGGACAUAGCAAAUUCAUGCAAACAAUGUGAUAAUGAGCAGAUAAUCCAUUUUCACUAAUGAUGAUUAAAAUACCUACUGGCGAAGACAAUGGGAAGAACUCCCCUGCUCUUUAAAAUAUUGCUGUGGGAUUGUAUUAAAUUUGUAUGUCAAGACCAAGGCUUCAUGUCCUACCUAACAGAAGGCACUUGUAAUAUUGCAGUACUCCUUCAGUUUAGCACUGGAAGUGUCAGUUUGAUUAUGUGUUUAAAGUCAAUGCAGUGGGACAAACUUUUAAGUUGUGGCUGACCCUAUCCAAUGUACUUGAUCUGAUGAGAUUAUGACUUCAUGGAACCAGGUAGUUAGUUGCUUGUUGAUUCUCUAGUCACCAAGGUCAUUAAAGAUUGUGGGAAUGCCUGCUUCAGUCUCAUUGCCACUACUUUUAUGUUAAACCCUUCUCGACUUGUAGAAUCUAUGCAUGAAUUUCCUGUACGAUGACUCCUUGAAAAGACCUUUUUGUUAAGAGUUGUCGUCACUAUGCACCUUACCACUUUAAUACUUCCUGAAAUAAAAUUUAAAAUUUCACACUAUCUAGCUCCAUAAUAGUCCCAAAUUUUGCUGAAUUAAUUUGUAAACCUAAGGUUACCCUAUAAAUUUGUAAUGACAAUGUUUUAAUGCCUAUUAUAUGAAUUGUAAAGAAGCAAAAAUAAUUGCAUACUAAUUGUCUGCCUUUCAUUGUGUUGAAGGUAUGUGGUUUUACAGAUAUGCCUUUAGUUUUUCUUUACAGGGAAAUCCAGAACCUCAAAUGGCU